AUGGCAAAGAGAACUCAGCCCAAUAGUUUAUCCUCCCGCACCUCUGUCAAGUCACACGUUUCGCGCAGGGCCGCCAAAGUCACGGAGACCUUGAAGGCUGGUGUGAAGACUGUGGCGCGCCCCCUCAAACGCCUGCGCAAGUCUAUCUCGAGCUCCAAUCUCUCUUGUGCGACCUCACGGGCUUUGGCUCGAAGCUCUGAGCCUGACACCGUGGAUGCCAUUGAACUGCCUUCGGACUCCAGGAGCAUUGAGAUCAUUGGAGGCUCUGCGAUGAUGCCAGCUCCGAGCGAUGCCAGAUCCAUCCAUUCUGCGGGGAGCCAUGGUUCUCAGAGUGCUCUGGAUGAGGAGUCAGAUGAACAGGAACUCGCACAUCUUCAAGCAACCUGGCGCUCCCCGGUCUAUGCUUUUUUCAAGUCGAAUGUGUCGGUCCAGUAUAAAAAUGGGCACAAAUGCCAUUUCUUUACGUGUGCCACUCGCAAAUGCAGGAAUGUACUCGGUGGAGUGCGACGAUACCAGGACUCCAAGGACAAGGCCUCGACAUCGAACCUCAAGUCACACAUCAUUCACUGCUUCGGGGCUGCAGCAGUCGAGGCGGCUAUCAAGGGAGAGAACGCACCACGCAACGACUCGAUCUUUGCCGUGUUCGCGCGUCAAGGCCAACAGCCGGUGACUGUCUCUCAUCGCACACACUCUAAUCCUGAAGUGCGUGCCCAUCUAGUCAAGUGGAUCACGGAAUGCAAUCGUCCUGCACACCUCAUAUCCGAUCGCGAAUUUCAAGAACUCAUGACCGCAGGGCAUCCCGGCCUUCUCCUGCCAACACCGAUGACAUUGCAACGUGACGUCAAGGCAUCAUUCCAGCGUUGUCGUGAGCGCAUAGGGACCCUGCUACGAGAGCAUCCUGGUCAUUUGAAUUUUGCCACUGAUGCAUGGACUUCUCCGAACCAUUGCGCAUUUGUCGCUUAG